GAAGCUCUUUGCCUACUCAUUUGGGCGAAGAUUUUUUACCAGAUUUGGAUUUUUUCUAUGAGAUUAUUAGAAAAAAAUCAUCAACAAACAGUGGCUCUUAUGAGGAAUUAAUUUAGCAGGUGAUUAAUUAAACUUAAGAAGGUCAAAAUCGGAAGUGUAGAAAUCGUGGACCAGAUUAAUAAUGACUUUGACGACCGCAAAUCUCCCUGAAUUCAACCGAUUUGCCGUCACCAUCGCAUUUCGGAAUGAGGAUAAUAAUUUGGGUGAAACCCACAUUGAGGUUGAUUUGGUGAUGCGUUAUGCCUUCUGCGCGGCGUUCGUAGCGAUAUUCUUGAUGGUGAUGGCAUUGAUCGUGAAACUCUUGUGGAUCUCGGAUGGAGACGAAUCAAGUAAUGCUUCACGGAGACCAACCGAGAGUACCACAUUAUUGCCUUCGAAAGGUCAAGAGUUUGUGGUUACUAUUUAUGGCACGAACGAUAGUGACGAUCACUUCGAAUCGGGCAGCAACAACAGUUGCUCAUCUUCAUCAGAGGAUUUGUAUGACGGCAAAAUAUGUGUCAUUUGCUAUGACGACCAAAGAAACUGCUUCUUCAUUCCAUGCGGACAUUGUGUUACCUGCCACAAGUGCGCCCAUAGAAUUGUGAAGGAGGAAAGCAAGAGUUGUCCGAUUUGCAGGGGAACUAUCUACAAAGUAAGGAAAUUGUGUGUUAUGUGA